AUGAGUUUUUGGGGAAUUGUCAAACCUAAUAAUACUUCCUGGAGCUGGGGUCAGAUUCUCAAUCUUAGGAGAGUCAUUUAUAACAUGUUUAACUACAAGUUAGGAGAUGGCAAGUCCUUCUCUUUCUGGUUUGAUCCUUGGUUGGAUGGCAAAUCCAUCAUUGAAAGAUUUCCUAAUGUCUGUAUCAAGAACUCAGAAGUCCCUAAGAAAGCUAAAGUUGUGGAUUGUACAAAGGAGGACAACUGGAAUCUGCCAGAACCUCUUGAUCAUUAUACUCAAGAAGCCUGGGACUUCAUAAUGGCUAACUACCAUACUACUGACAGCAAUGACAGAAUCUCCUGGAGCGUUAACAAGAAUGGGAGCUUCUCAACUAAUAGUGUCUGGAAAAAGUUGUUGAUUGAAAGGAGUAAAGUUAGCUGGAACCAUCUUAUUUGGUAUGCAGGAAAUGUCCCUAGGUAUUCUUUUACUACUUGGCUUGCCCUGAAAAACAAGCUGAAUACUAGAGAGAAAUUGCAUAAAUGGGGGACUAUCCCAGAUGAUAAGUGCUGCUUCUGUAACCAGGAGAGUGAAACCACUAGGCACCUUUUCUUCUCUUGCCCGUUCUCCUAUGAGGUCUGGAAGAAGGUGUUAGCUUAUUUGGGGUUCAACAGGAAUCCAGACAAUUGGAAUAGGGAAGUGAGUUUUUUUACUAGAAGAGGAAGAGGUAAAUCCAGAAUUGCAAAAGUGAGGAAAAAUGGUUUUUGUGCAGCUGUGUACCAAAUCUGGUUUGCCAGAAACGACCUGAUCUUCAAUAAGAGAAGGCAUUCUUGUGAUACAAUCUUUAACAAGAUUAGAAGCAGUUUAGAAAUGAGAAACUGA